AUGGCAAUCGAUGAUGACUGGUCGUGUGACGCUAACGACGCGCUACAUAUAACCAUCGUCCAGCCGAGUGAAACCAAGCCUAAGACUCUUUCAACCUUUCACCCUCAGUUCACAUACCCCAUCUUCGGCGAUGAGGAACAAAUUUUCGGAUAUCAAGGAUUGAUUAUUCGCCUACGUUUUGCCGCCCAUGACCUCCGGCCUCAUGUCCACAUUUCCUACGAUGAUCGAUUCAAAGCUGUUGGCGACACGGCUGCUGCGGAUCUUCUUGGUACUUUAAAGCCAUUCAUCCCGGAAGAGGCUUUUAUUAAUCUCGCCGAUUACGAGAAGGCCGUCCAGGAAGACCCCAGCGCAAAAGACUUCACUCCUCCUGGCAAGCAAGUCUAUAGCUAUGAGGUUAAUGAUAGACAAUACGAAAUCUGGGCGGGGUCUCUGGCAGAUCUCGAUGUACGACGGUUGCUCGACCGCGCUCAGGUUCUCGUGUCUCUAUUCAUCGAGGCAGGCACACCUUUAGCCACCGACGAUCCCGAAUGGAGUCUUGAAAGGUGGACUGUCUACUUUGUAUACGAAAAGGUCACACCACCCACACCGACCGCAUCCUCGUACUCCAUUGUGGGAUAUGCCACCACUUAUCGGUACUGGCUCUACCAGCGAGACCGCUCCGAGGCCCCUUCCGUGAAAGACGAUGCAUUCCCACCUCCCGAAAUCAAAAUUUCCGAGCUUCCAGCAAGGUUUCGCAUCGCUCAAUUCCUCAUCCUCCCUUCACACCAUCGCUCGGGCCAUGGCACCCACCUAUAUACCACCAUUCACGCCUCUUGUAUUGCCGAUCCUACUAUUGUGGAGCUGACGGUCGAAGACCCCAAUGAGCAAUUUGAUGCGCUUCGCGACAGUGCCGACUUUUGCCUCCUUCGACCGGAAUUUCUCAAACAUAAUGUGAAUCUUAACCCUGACCCGAAAGAGGCCUAUUCACGCAAACAACGCGUCACCUCCGUUCCAACUGCGGCUUUGAUUCCUACUGAUGUCCUGCGCGAUAUUCGCACCGCUUUCAAGAUCGAGUCUACGCAGUUUGCGCACAUCCUGGAGAUGUUCCUUCUCAGCCAGAUUCCGAAGAGUCAUCGUUUGGCUGGAGGUGCCAACCUUGCGCGGCUAUUAAUCAAGAAGGCCAAAGCAGAUGAUCCCGAUGAUCGACGAUACUACUGGUGGCGCAUGCUCACAAAGCAACGCCUCUAUAAAAAGCACAAGGAACUUCUCAACGAGCUGGAGUUGAUUGACCGCGUAGAGAAGCUCGAUGAUACGGUUCGAAAUGUGGAGGAGGGCUAUGAAAUUACACUGAAAGCCCUCGAGGGUCGUUUACCAGACGCGAAGGAUGAAGCCUCUGCCGCCCCUGGUGGGCCACGUAACAAGCGGAAGCUCACAAUUGAAAGUGACGAAGAGGAAGACCACGAAACCGAAGCAGCCAAGCGCCCAAAGGUCUAA